AUGGAGAUGUCUGGCCAGCUGAUAAAGCACGCCGUGCGCUGUGUGCAGAAAGCACUGAUAUUCUGCUCUCUUUUUCUAUAUGUGGUGGUGGGUAAGACCCUCAUGUUCCUCACGCCAAAGACUAUGGAAACCCUUCUGAAAUCUCGCUUCGAGAUGACUGGAGCCCAUGUCCCAAAGUUUCAGUAUGAAGACUGGGGACCCACUGUCUUCACAUUCAAAUUCUUGUGGUCAGUUCUGCAGAUUAUGUGGCUUCGCUUAGAAGAUGAAGCCUUUUUGGGGCAAACUGCACCCAAUACACCUGUAGUGGACAUGAAUGGAGAACGACACCAUAUUUGGGAUUAUUUCCGAGGUCUGCGUCCUUUGGUCCUCACAUUUGGGAGCUGCACAUGACCCCCGUUUCUCUUCAGGCUUGGCGAGUUCAAUAAGCUUGUCCAGGAUUUCAGCUCUGUGGCAGAUUUUCUGAUCAUCUACAUUGAUGAAGCUCAUGCAGAAGAUGGAUGGGCUUUAAAAAACAAUAUAUCAAUAAAGAAACAUCAGAGCAUCCAGAACCGGCUUGUUGCAGCUAAACGCCUGAUGGAGGAGCAGCCAUCUUGUCCUGUGGUAUUGGAUACUAUGCAGAAUCUGUGCAGUGCCAAAUAUGCCGCCCUGCCUGAGAGGCUUUAUGUUCUGCAAGAGGGCAAAGUCAUUUAUAAGGGCAAUAUGGGACCUUGGGGCUACAAACUGGAGGAGGUGCGUUCUGUACUGGAGAAAACAAAAUAGUCUGUGUGUCCCAUGUAAUGUGCUCUCUGCAUCACAACAACUAUCUAAGACUAUAGACCACACAUGAACGGUUGUACAGGUACAUCGACUUAUCUGAUGGCGGUGAAUUGCAGACGUGUUCUCUGCCCACACGUCUACAUUCAGGAACAGGUUCUACCAUUUAUUUCUUCGUGACGGUUGUGGCCUAAAGCAGUGCUGGCCGCAGUCUGAGUUUGCAAAUAUCUGGAAAUGUGUCUUGUGUUCUGAGUGAAACAAUAAAAAAUAAAAAAAUCGUAAAGAACUGUUUUAUUGA